UCGUAACCGACUUGUAUUUCUACGGCAAACCUGUCACUUUCCUUCCCAUUUCUUAACAGGGACGACUCAUCCACGGAUAAACCCAACCCUAACUCCGAGGCUUUUUGCGAUCUGCUGGCCAGGAACUGCAAUUCCCUUUUCUCGCUACGCUAAUUUUGAUUACCUUCUUAUUUAUGGUGAUGUCCAAUUUCCCGAUUUCGUGAUCGAGAUCAACGGAGCUCGACCAUUUUCCCCUUAGCCCUCUCGAUUUGCUUUAAGGUUUGACAGUAAAUCAUGUCUAAUCAAGGGGAUGAUGCUGAUUACAUGGCCGAUGAGUAUGAAAUGGAGGAUGUAGAUGAUGAUAUGGAAGACGAGUUUCAUGGCAGAGAGAUGGGUGGCUCAGACUCUGAUGUGGAUGAGUUUGACUACAUGAACAAUAAAAUGCAAGAUACAUCUGCUGCUGAGGCCAGGAGAGGGAAAGACAUCCAAGGGAUUCCCUGGGAAAGGCUUAGCAUAACAAGAGAGAAAUACAGAAAGACUAGACUUGAACAGUAUAAGAACUAUGAAAACAUUCCUCAAUCUGGGGAUAUAUCAGAGAAAGAAUGCAAUGCUACGGAAAAAGGAAAUUUAUUUUAUGAGUUUAGACGCAAUUCAAGAUCUGUGAAAUCAACAAUUUUACAUUUCCAGUUGAGGAAUUUAGUCUGGGCAACGUCGAAACAUGAUGUCUAUCUAAUGUCGCAUUUCUCCGUUAUGCAUUGGUCUUCCUUGACUUUCGCCAAGAGCGAAGUUCUCAAUGUCUCAGGGCAUGUAGCACCGUCCGAGAAACAUCCUGGAAGCUUAUUGGAAGGAUUCACACAGACUCAAGUCAGCACUUUAGCAGUAAAAGAUAAUCUACUUGUUGCUGGUGGUUUUCAAGGAGAGCUUAUUUGCAAGUAUUUAGAUAGGCCUGGAGUUUGCUUUUGUUCCCGCACAACUUAUGAUGAUAAUGCCAUAACUAAUGCUGUUGAGAUACACACCACUCCCAGUGGUGCACUUCAUUUUAUUGCUUCAAAUAAUGAUUGUGGAGUCAGAGAUUUUGAUAUGGAGAAAUUUCAAUUGUCUAAGCAUUUCCGGUUUCCAUGGCCAGUGAAUCACACAGCCUUGAGCCCUGAUGGCAAGCUUCUUAUUAUAGUUGGGGAUAACCCAGAUGGUAUGCUGGUAGACUCUAGAAGUGGAAAGGUUGUUGCACCUCUGUGUGGACACUUGGACUUCUCGUUUGCAUCAUCGUGGCAUCCGGAUGGUUUUACAUUUGCUACCGGAAACCAGGACAAAACCUGUAGAGUUUGGGAUGUACGCAACUUGUCAAAGUCAUUGACUGCUUUGAAGGGUAACCUGGGAGCCAUUCGGUCUAUUCGCUACUCAUCGGAUGGAAGAUUCAUGGCCAUGGCAGAGCCUGCAGACUUCGUCCAUGUUUUUGAUGUGAAAAGCGGGUAUAGCAAGGAACAAGAAAUCGACUUCUUUGGGGAGAUAUCGGGGAUGUCAUUCAGUCCGGACACGGAGUCCCUUUUCAUUGGGGUUUGGGAUCGAACAUACGGUAGCCUUUUGGAGUUUGGACGGCGUCACAACUACUCAUACCUUGAUACCACCAUCUAAAACUCACUCCCAUUGGUGUGAAGCGUUUGAGUGUUCCGCCUAUUGGUGCAACUGUGUAAAGCAGUAGCCUAGUAAGCACCACUAGGGGAAUGAGGUGUAAAAUGUGUUAUGUUGUGCUAUGUUGGCUGGUCUUUCAAAUUGAUUGUGACAUUUGUCAUAAAUGUAGAAUGGAGGAAUGAAUAUGUAUAGAAGGCUAGGGAAACUCCAGUCAGUGAUAUGGACAUGAACAAAACAAGUAGAGUGAGGGGGGGGCUGGGAAUGGGACUGGGAUUUCUCACUUUGUUUCUGGGACUCCAAAACCUUUCUUCAGAGUGACUCUGCAUUUAUAUCAAUAACUCAACCAUUUUACGAUUUGCAUUA